AUGUUAGUACUUGCAAAUCAGAGUCGUACAGAUAGAAUAGUAUUCAAACUUUUUGGGAAGGAACCUAAUGAUUUUCCUCUUGUUUUACGGGCACAAGGUAAUUGUAAUAUCUCUGACUGGUUGUCUAAUAGCCCUACUUACAUGGAAAGCUAUAUCGGACCUGGUUGCAUAGUUCUUACAGUUUACCUUUGGCUUGAGGUGUCUAUGUGGGAUGAGGUGUGCCAUGAUCUUGGCUCUAGCUUGAAGAGGCUACUCUUUCUCUCUAAUGAUCAUUUUUGGAGAAUAGGAUGGAUUUAUGCGAGGGUGCAACACCACAUUGCCUUUAUUUACAAUGGUCAGGUUGUUUUGAACAAAUCCUUGAUCAUGGAGAGAUCUGAUUGUAGCAGGAUUGUUGCUGUCACACCCAUUGCUGUUCCUCCUUCUUCAAAGGUUAACUUUAAAGUGAAAGGUUACAAUCUUGUUCGAUCGACCACAAGGUUACCAUGUCCAUUUGAAGGGAAAUAUCUAAUAAAAGAAAUAGAUGAACCCGCAAUCCAAUAUUCUGACAAGCAGAGUGGAAACAAAAAUGAACAGCUCCAAUCUCUCAGCUUCUCCUGUCACAUUCCUGACACAAAUGGCCGAGGAUUCAUUGAGAUUGAAGAUAACGUACUUAGCCCUUGUUUCUUUCCCUUCAUAGUAGCAGAAGAGGACAUUUGCGCUGAAAUACAAGUGCUGGAGAUUUCUGAAGAACUUUCGGAGAAAAAUUUGAAUUUCUUACAUGAAAUUGGUUGGCUUCUCCGUAGGAGUCAGUUAAGAUCUAGUUCAGAGUUUGAGAAUAGCUGUUCAGAAACCUCUCUUUCGCGCUUUGGACCGAUUUUGAGAUUCACAAUUGAUCAUGAUUGGUGUGCUAUUGUAAAAAAGCUCCUGGACAUAUUGUUUGAGGGAAACAUAGAAACAUAUGGGCGUUCUCCUAUUGACCUUCUAAUGUCAGAAUAUCUACUACAUUAUGCUGUACAAAGGAAUUCCAACUUAACAGUCAAGCUUCUGUUAGGAUUCAAACCAGAUAAAAUUUCAGAUGGAGGCUUAAAUAAUUUAUUUAGACCAGAUGUGCGUGGCACCUCUGGUAUUACUCCACUUCAUGUUGCAGCAACGAGUAGUUUUGCGGAGAGCAUGCUGAAUAUAUUGACUGAUGAUCCAGGACAGUUUGGAGUUAAAGCAUGGACUAACGCCCGCGAUGCAACCGGUUUCACUCCCGAAGACUACGCGCGAGCCCGAGGUCACGAAUCCUACAUACUUCUGUUGCAGAAGAAGAUCAACAAAAUUACUGAAAAAUGCGACGUGGUCGUUAACAUGCCCUGUAAAUUAUCAUUGCCAUCCGAUGCAAUCUACAGACAAUCAGAAGGAUUGAAGCCCGCUAAACUACAUAGCCUCGGGAUUUACAAUACCAAAUCAAAACAAUCAGAGCCUCCUUUCUGUAAGCUCUGCGAACAGCAUCUGGCGUGCAGAAGCUCGGUCAGAGGGUCUCUGCUGUAUCUUCCAAUGCUACUAUCUAUGAUAGGAAUUGCUGCAGUCUGCGUUUGUGUAGGAUUGCUGUUCAAAGGCCCUCCUGAAGUUAUGUUUGUAUAUCCUCCCUUCAGGUGGGAGUUAUUAGAGAGUGGGUAUAUUUGAGUUUGUGUAUGGUUUCAGCACUAACUGUAACAGUUAAAAGUUUCGGUUGGAUGGAUGAUUUCUGUUGAUUAAUUGCAUGAUUAUGUGACUAUAUCUAUUUAAUGUGUG